GUUCAUCAUGGCCGACGACCGGGAAGGAGAAAAUGGGAAAAUAAAUGUUGUUGUAAAAACUUCAAAGAACAAAGAAAUCAUUGAAGCGGAGGCAACUGCGACUAUAUUGAAGUUCAAAGAGCUAGUCUCCAUCAAAUUCAACGCUCCGGUAUCUCAGUUGUGUCUUAUUUUCGCCGGUCGAAUUUUGAAAGACGGGGAUACACUAGCAUCUUAUUCAAUAAAAGACGGCCUUACCGUUCAUCUUGUCAUCAAGUCGGAUAACAGGGCCCAGCAACAGGCAGCCCAACAUGCUAGUGGUCAACAACAGUCUCCAUCAAGUACACCUGUAACUUCAUCUGCGAGCAACCCACCUUCCCAAUCAGUUCCUUCAUUUCAGUCUGGUAUGGAGGGGCUAGGAGGACUUGACAUGUUUGGAAACUCAGGUAACAUCCACCAAAUGUCACAACAGCUCAUGUCCAACCCAGAGAUGCUGAGACAAAUGAUGGACAACCCCAUGGUACAGAACAUGAUGUCAAAUCCUGAUCUUAUUAGGCAGAUGAUUCUAAGUAACCCACAAAUGCAACAAAUUAUUGAGAGGAAUCCUGAAAUCUCUCACAUUUUAAACAACCCAGAUUUGAUGAGACAGACAAUGGAGAUGGUGCGGAACCCCUCUGUAAUGCAGGAGAUGAUGAGGACACAUGACAGGGCACUAAGUAACUUGGAGAGUCUACCAGGAGGUUUUAAUGCUCUGCAACGGAUGUAUACAGACAUACAAGAGCCUAUGCUGAAUGCUACACAAGAACAGUUACAGCGUGCACAGAAUAAUCCGUUUGCGGCAUUAUUUGGCGGAACAUCAGCCACUGGUGUCACAUCAAGUCAAUCCUCAAACCCUCAGCAAGGAACAGAAAACACCUCUCCCCUUCCAAACCCAUGGUCUGCUGCGCCCACUCAACCAAUUCCACCACCAGUGCCUCAGAUAUCCACACCCUCGACUGCUUCUGCAGCCUCUACUACUCCUGUGUCCAGUGUUGGUGACAGUUCAAGUCCUAACCCAUCUGAACAGGAAAAUACCAUGACAAGCAUGUUCCAGACACCAGCCAUGCAGUCCUUGAUGCAGCAAAUGACCAGUAACCCAGCCUUGUUUCAAAACAUGAUGCAGAGUCCUUACAUGCAUGACAUGAUGGAACGCAUGCUACAGAACCCUGACCUCAUGGCGUCUAUGAUUAGAUCAAAUCCAAUGUUUCAAGGAAAUAGCCAGCUAGCAGAUCAGGUUGCAUCAAGGCUUCCAGAAUUUAUGUCACAGAUGCAGAAUCCGGAUUUCCAACAAGCCAUGACUAACCCUAGAGUAAUGCAAGCCUUGAUGCAAAUACAGCAAGGGAUGAUGCAGCUACAAGCAGAGGCACCAGGCCUGGUACCAGGAGUGGGCCUUCCUGGUGGCUCCCCUUCUACAAUGAGCACAAGUUCAACCCCUUCCUCAGGCAGUACUAUGACCACGCCUGCAUCGCAGACAUCAGGCACGCAAGGUGAAACACAAAGGCCAAAUGCUGGAAGUACUCCGGGAAUUACUCAAGGGGCUCCCCAGGGAAACCCUAUGGCGCAGCUCAUGUCCCAAAUGAUGCAGCAAGCAAUGACUCAGACUCAAAAUCCUGAGGUCACCUACCGCGCCCAGUUGGAACAGUUGGCUCAGAUGGGAUUUGUAGACCGCGCUCGGAAUAUCCAAGCUUUAGUUGCAACCGGCGGCGACUUAAAUGCUGCAAUUGAAAGACUGCUACAAUGAAGACGGAUUGAAAUAAAUUACUUACCUAUGGAGAAAAAAACAGUCAGAACUAGAGAUGGAAAGAGGCAUAAUUGGUCUUUCCUCUGUCUAAUGAAAUAAACCUCGCCGGUAAUGCGUCAGCACUAAGUAUCGGAACCGAUCGACAGUAACUAGACUGGACAAUCAUUUUAUGGAAUCGCUGUCUUAUAAUACCUGUUAUUAAGGCUGACAAUUUAUCAUACAAGACAAGUGCACUAGACUAGCUUAACCCUAUUACAAGCUCUUGAAGAUUAUUAUGUAAUGUCAUAUUCAGAAUUAUCUACCCAUUUUCCAUGAGGACAUUGUUUUUAUCCCAUGUAGAGAAACAACAGGGAAUUUUUUAAUUCUCCUUUUUUGCUUUGGAAAUGUAAAUGAAGAAACGUUAUUAGAUGUUGUGAUUCCCCGAUAAAAUGAGGAAUAGUCUUGGUGAAACUUCGAGUAAACUUGAAGGUCUCACAGUGGCAUUCUCCCGAAGCACGAGUAGCGCUAAAUCCGAUCUGAUUGCUAUGACAACUUGUUCUUCUAUGUAGCAUUACCGGGAUAAAUUAUUGGUUUUCGAACUAAAUCGGCCAAGUAACUUUGGGUUUCUUGAAGUAAUACUUGGUUGAAAGAGUGUUCUUGAGGACAGCUGGUGUGUGGAUUAUUUCUGUGCCUUUUUUGCACUAAACUAAAGACUUUUGGAAAGUUUGGUCAGAAAUGGUUAGAAAACUCGGAUUACUAUGCCAAGCAAAGUCUUGAGAAUGGUGAAUAACCUUCACAGAGUGGAAGUAGGAAAAUCGAGGAUACUUAACAUCAUGCUCAUGCUUAGAAUUUAGGUAAGAAAAUAGUGUAUGAAAAGGAACACCAGGUAUGGGUGUGGAUUAAUCGUUAUGUGAACUUACACGCCGCCGCAUCAUAAGCUACAAGUCGUACAUUUUUAAGGGCCGUUAUCAACUUGCACUUUGGGGAAUUCCACGAACUAGAGUGCACCUUGUGGGUCAUAGUACGAGUAAUGUUUGGGAGUUUUCUUAAUAUGUAGGGUGAAGUUCAUCUGCCUUAUCAAUGAAAAUUCGCUUCUUCGAACAAGUUGUCCUAAAAACGUGCGAAGUUAAGGAAAAGUAUUUAGUAGGGGUCCUUGCUUGAUAAAAGUCAUGGUCUCGAAGAAGGCUAUGAUUCGUUAACAUAAUGUUACCAUUGCCAUUCACGGUACAUUUGCUGAAGACUGGUAGUCUGCUCCCGAGCGACCGCAGCACUUUCAUUCUCUGAAGGAUAAUUAAAAUACCGGUAAAAAAGA